UUCAAUGGCGAUCGCCUCCUCCUCAACUCGCUCCUUCUGCUCUACUUCCGCCGAUCUCUCCACUCGUCUACCCCGGCUCUCCACCGUUGCCUUCAUUCCCUCCCUCCGCCCUUCUCUAUCUCUAAAGCUGAAACCCCUCUCCGUUUCCUCUCGCCUCAACUCCUCCAAUCCCUCUGAGAAUGGAGACCUCCGCUACCACCUCAACAGGGGCCGCGGUCGGGGUCCGGGCCCCAAGGGGACUCCCGUCUUCGUCAAGCUCCCCCUGGAUGCGGUUGGCCCCACUGCCGCCCAGGUGCGGAGGCGUAAGACCAUGGAACAGUCUUUUCGUGCUCUCGUCGCCGCUGGGGUUGAGGGCGUCGUCUUGGAAGUCUGGUGGGGGCUCGUUGAGCGGGACGCACCCAAGGUUUACAUUUGGCAAGGUUAUAAGGAGCUCAUUGCAAUGGCCAAACACUGCGGUUUGAAGGUUCGGGUUAUUUUGGCUUUUCAUCAGUGUGGUACAGGACCUGGAGACCCUCACUGGAUUCCUCUCCCUUUGUGGGUUCUUGAGGAGAUUAAUAAAAAUCCAGAUUUAGCAUAUUCUGACAGAUUUGGGAGAAAAAACAUAGAAUAUAUCUCCCUUGGAUGUGAUACUCUUCCUGUCCUACAGGGUCGCUCACCAAUUCAGGCGUAUGCAGAUUUUAUGAGGGCCUUCAGAGAUGCUUUUUGGCCUUUGCUUGGUGCUGUCAUUACAGGAAUCCAAGUUGGGAUGGGUCCUGCUGGUGAACUAAGGUAUCCUUCAUGCCCUUCAAGGAAGCUAACUUGGCCUUGGCGCACACGUGAACUUGGAGAGUUUCAGUGCUAUGAUAAGUAUAUGCUUGCAUCUCUCAAUGCUCGUGCUCAAGAUGCUGGCAAGCCUGAGUGGGGAAAUGGGGGUCCUAUUGGUGCUAGCAAUUUGUUGCAGAAUCCUGAGGAUACUGACUUUUUCAAAACUCAUGGUUCCUGGAAUACACCAUAUGGGAAAUUUUUUCUUGAGUGGUACUCUGGGAUGCUUCUUCUUCAUGGGGAGAACAUCUGUCGUGAAGCUAAGGCGAUAUUUCGUGGUGCUGAAGUCAAUAUGUUAGCAAAAGUGGCUGGGAUUCACUGGCACUAUGGCACACAGUCUCAUGCAUCUGAGCUAACUGCUGGCUACUAUAACACCGACUUCAGGGAUGGAUAUCUUCUUAUUGCUCGAAUGUUGGCUAGGUAUGGUUUUACCUUGUGUUGCACUGGUUUUGAUAUGCAAGAUGCGGAAGAGCAAGAGGUGAACCCAUUCAGUAGGCCAGAGGGAUUUCUUAGACAGCUUCUUCUGGCUGCAAGAUUCUGUCAUAUUCCCAUGGAGGGUGAAAAUUUUGCUCCUACCUUAGAUGAUGGAUCUUUCCAGCAAGUGCUUAAAAUGGCAAAGUUUUGUUCAGAUGGUCAAGAAAUGCCUUCCUUUUCAUUCAGCUUCGAGAGAAUGGACAAAAACAUGUUUGAUUAUCAGAACUGGGUUCGUUUUACUCGUUUCGUGAGGCAACUGUCUGGGUCUGGCACCAAUAAUUUUCGAGCCAAAUUAGAUUUUGCAGACUAUGAAUACCAGUCGCCCUUACCAGAAAGCACCAAAGUUGGAAUGGAUUUUGCACAUUGUUGAUGAGUUUUUCAGACAAUAUGUUGAUUUGUAUAGACGUUAUACAUGUUUGACAUUUCAUCUGGUGACUGUUGUGGAACGGGUAUAAAUGCUUCAAAAAAAAAAUUUUUUUUUC